AUUCCCGACUCGAAAACCAGAUCGAGACAAUAAACUAAUAGCUUGAGAAGUUACUGAACUGGGUAGCUGUCAUCAUUCUGUGCAAUAUAGUUUCAUUACCUAACAAUAGAGCGUGACAAACGAGUAUAUUUCAGAAAUUGGCUGAACUAGCUUCAUUUUUGUGCAAAAUUAUUAUUCGAGGUUUUAAUAUAGUUAAUCAAAGAAGUGAAAUUUCGUGCAAUAUAAAGAAUGGCUUCACGUCAGAAUGAAAGAAUUGCAUUCUCCAGCCAGGAUCAUAGUGGGAAGGCAAGGAUCCAUCACAUUACUUUCAUGCUCCGUGACUUGCUCGUCGUGGUGGUCGUCGUCGUGAUGGCGUUUACGUCAUCUCCUGUUGAAUCCGCAUCACUAAGGCGAAGAGUUCGAUCAAUUGACGAAUCCACGGGAAGCGAGAUUGUCAAUUUUAUAAAAAGUGCUUUGAACUUAUUACACGGCAGUAAUGGUCGUCUCCGUGAAGAUUUCUACAAUGCACGCUUUCCCAACAACAGCACUGUACCUGAGGUGAAUAUGUCUUGGCCAACUCCUAUAGAUAUUGCUCGUAUCGACGCUAGUAAUGCUGCAGAGGCGAAAAAAAACCUUCCCCAUUUUCAUAGAAGUAUUAGCUUAUUUGAGGCAUUGCUUCAUGAGAUGCAACAAAUCGAAAUGGAAGAGAAAAAAAGAAUGGACAACGCACAAUUCAUAGCUUUCAAUAAUAGGUUUAACGAAGUCAAUGAUGUCAUGUCCAACCUCAGACUGGCUUUAAAAAACAGUAUGGAUGACCUCGGUUUGACCGCUCUAGAUUAUCAUCCUACGAAUCAACCGUUUAUAAAUAAAACUCACAUCGAAUACUCACCUGUCAUGUUACAUGUUCUGGACAAGAUUGGAACAGAACUUCAAAAUUUAGAUAGAAUAAUCAAAAUAAUACGCAAGUAGUCUCUAUAAGCGCUCAAGCAGUAAUGUAAUAUCAUUACAUUGGCACAUAGAUCUGAGUUGAACAGCUCAAAUCUUGCAGUUCUUGAAAUUUCUUUCAUUUUCAAAGAUUUUUCCACUUUUUUUAUUCUCCGGUCGGUAAUGAUCCCUAUAUGUUUAUGUAUGGUGAUAUUCACCACUCUAUUAAUAAUCUAUCAGAAUCUGAGUUUGAAUCUAUAGAACUGAUUGUUUUAACCACUGACAUAAAUAUAUUACUGACAUAAAUAUAUUAACAACUUGUUUGCGCUAUAUAAAUGCAUAUUAUUAUUACUAUUAAUAAAUACAUUUCAUAGAUUAAAUACUGGGUGUUCUGAGGAAAGAAUUGAAUUUAUGUACAUAAAAAUGCAUGUACAUCAAUUUUUUUCCAUCAUUGCUAAAUUAUUUUAAACGCAUGUUUUUUCUUCAUGAAAUUAUGAAGUCUAUAUUCAAACAUUAAUAAUCAAAUUCGAUUAUUUGUCAUGUUAUAAAUAUUUGAAACAAUAUCCAACAAGGUUGAUAACACCUCUCACAAAAAUAUUGAGGUUACCUAAUUUUGUACAAUCUUUUAGAACUAAUUACAUUCAAAUGGGUGAUAUGCAUCGGAAUAAUAAGUUACAUUUGAUAUAAAACACAUGGCUGAUGAUGAUAAUGGAAUAAAAUUCAAAGAUAAUGAGUGGAAUUAUGAUAGCGUGUUAAACAUGGCUGGAUUCACUUUGACAUGCCCAUUGUCACUUAUUCAAUUUAAUGAACUAUGGAAUGCCCUUCGUCACUAAUUCAAUGAAUUCUUUAUGGAAUGCCCAUUUUCAUUUGAUUUAAACAUAUCAUUUCUGCUGUCCUCUUCUUUAUAAUUAGUUGAACCUGCCGUGUUAAAACCGCAAAAUCAUUAUUUUCAGUUAGUUCAAUGUUUUUAAUCUAAUAAUUGCGAUCAAGCCAUUUUUAAUGCUAUCUAAGAGAAAAACAGACAAAACAAUAUAAGUGAAUCAGUCUUGUUGGAUUUUGUUGACAUGUUUUCCAUUGUGUGGAUAUUUAACAGUAACUUUUAUAACAGUACUGCAGCUUUUACUCUAUAUGUAUUCUUUAUUUUGUAUUAAUUCAAAUACUUGUGGUAUACGCUCUAUUUAUUUGAGUUCUGUAUAAAUUGUAAACUUCUGUAGAGCUACGUAACUGUGGAAAAAAUCAGUACAAAUUACUUUGUUUCGGGAUGUCAAUGUAUUUCACUUGGAAGCAUAUUUAUGUUAUGAGAUCAAACAGUAUUUUACUAUUUUAUUUAUCAAAUUAUUUAUUGAAAUCUAAGAACCACCUUGAUAUAUGAAUGUAUAUAACAUAGUAUACUAUUUAAAAUUUUGUGUGAAUAACUGUCUCUAUCUCCUAUCAGAAUUGGCAAUUAAAUGAUUUAAUGCGAACAAUCAAUUAUAUAUAUAUUUAUGAAAGUCAUUUAAUAUCAAUCAUUUUUUUUGUUCACUUCAUGCAUUUUGAUUCAUAUCAGAGGCGGUGCUGUUUUGAUAAGAUUACCUGGAAGUAAUGUCAUCUUUUAUCUCAAUUGAAUAAUUAUUAGAGUUACAUAGCCUUCAUCACGAAUUUCCAUUCUCUUCUUUCCUCCCUUUCCUGCCUUCCCCCCUUUUAUUCGAAAAAUGGUAGGGGCAGCAGUCCCUCAUCCCCACAGAGCCGAAAAAUGUAUAAAUUUCCUUUAAUUCAAUGUGGACCAACAUAUUUUAUUAUCAAGUAAUCAUUGUAUCAAUGAGUUAUUGACUUUUUAAUAUGUAGUUGAUUCCAAUUUAUUAAGAGGAUAUUUCUUUUCAUAAUGAUUUUCACCCUAACAAUUCAGAAAUUUGAAGUACACAAAAUCAAUUUGAUAAAUGUAUGUAUUACUUUGAUCAAUGCAAUUUACACAAUCCAAUUAGUUGCUCUCAUACAUGUUAUUCAUCAUUCAUCAUGCGACUUAUGUAUCUCUAAAUAAUGUGAAUAACACAUUUUUUUCCAUAUAUAUUUAAGUUUUAAUUAAAUAAAUCAUCAGGCAUCAUAAUAUUUAUUAUUUAUAGAGCGCAUUACUGAUGACAUGAAAGACAUAUAUAUAGUGCCAAAGAUUAUGUUAUAUUAUGAUAUACUAGAAUAAUAUUUGGUUGAAAUAUUUGUCUUACAAGAAUCUAUAAAUACAUUCAUAUUUUGAAUGUUCUUAAAUAUAUAUAAUUUUUGAAAAUUGACAAUUUAUAGAGGUGUUUUACCGGGGAACGUUACGCAAUAUAUAUGCCUACUGCACGCAAUCAAGACACACUGCCUAAUACUAUGUAUCAAUAAUAGCCAGGAUUGCGUAAAACACUGAAUCGGCCGUAAGUCAGAAAAACAAUACAUCAUGAAGUAUGCAAUACACCAUAAAUGAUUGUCAGUAGGGAUAUUCAUGAAUGAAUUUGAGAGAAUUUGAUAUCUACCUUCAUGAAUUCCCAUUUAUCACCCUCUGAACAAGUCAUAAGCGUCUCAUUAUUGUAAUUACGAAUCAAACAUGGUCAAAAUACCUUGGUACAGGAACUUAAAUGUAUGAUUUGUCAUCUUUUAUACUCUUCAUAAAUCCUCUAGUUCAGUUUCUUUAAUGUGAGAUUAUCACUGUACAUCUAUUUGCCUCAUAACCUGACUUAAAGAAUAUUUAAUUUAUACAGUAUCAUUAUUGUAUUUGUCUUCCUCUUCAAGGACACGUAACAACAGAAUAAUUUAUCAGUCGUACCUCAACGACCUAUGAAACUAGAAUCAGUAAUGACUGCUGUUAUGUUUAACAUUAACAAAAAUAUUUGAUAAGCUUUCUUGCAUUGAGUUCCGUUUUGAUAUAAUUGAGUUUGAAUGUUUUAAUAUUGUAGGAUUAUGAUUUAUUUCAGCAAUAUAUCAAUGGAAUUGAUUCAAUGUUUUGAUUGUAUGCUUUUCUUUUCAAUCUGAUAUGAAAAGAAAAUUAGUGUCAAUUCUGGGUGAGAGGAGAUUACAUUUUGUUAUAUUACAUUGGAAUAUAUUGCAUACAUUUACAAGUAUAUCAUGUUUACAUCAUAUUGGAAGGUUCGGAAUGUGAUACAAAAAUGUGCCUCAAGUUAUUGUCAAUAUUGUACGAAUCAAAGAUGAGUGCGAUAUUGACUCGAAGGAGUAUAUGUAAUAACAUCUUACAUCAUUGUAAUUAUACCUUGAAUAUUUAUACAACUUUUAAUAAGAUUUUUAAGAUUCUAUUGUUGUUUUAUAUAUGCAUGCUGGGAUUGAAAUUCUAUUAAGAGAAGGGAAAAUUUAUCAAACUUAUUUGCUGCCUCGCCUGAUGUAUGUACAAGCUGAUUCAAAUUUAUAUAUUUAUUUAUUGCAGAAAUAUUGCUUUGCCAUCUAUAUGACUACAUACAUGUAUUGAAUUUUACAAUAAAUGCUUGGUUUUCAUGGGAAUAAUGAAGUUUAAUUUGUUGAUAUUUGAUUUGUGUGUGUUAUUUAUUCAUUUACCUGUAAUUUUUCUGAAUGUAUUUUCUCCCUGUACAUAUGUCAUUAAAGGCCGGGGGAAGUUUGCAGUGAAUUAAAGUUGGUUUUGAUAAAAUCAAUAUAAAAAUGGAAGAAAAUUUCAUUGAAGGUUUGGUGAAAGUUCAAUAAAAAAGGAUAAAUCAUAAUUUUUUCUUUUAUGUGACAUCAUAUGAGAGGGGCUCCCAAAUAUGUUACAUAAGUAAUUGCCAUAAAUUGACUUUUUUUUUUUCAUGCUGAUUGAAUUUAUCUUUACCUGUUAAGAAGCAUGCCCCGAAUAUGAGUCUGAUUAUGCUAAUUUUUUUCAAUCAAUAAUAAAAAUAUCAUUGCAAUGAUUAAUUUCUGGAGUACAUCAUCCACCUACUCCAUCAUAUUUUCUUUAUUAGUAAAUAUCAGAAAUGUCAAGACCUAUAACACAAGACUAUACUGAAAUUAAAAUUUCUUAAUAGAAUUUCAAAUUUAAUUUAACCUCUUAAUACUCCUGUACAUGUAUAAACAAUACUUUAUAUCACACUGCAUCCAUAGUACAAUAGAGCAAUACAACUAACCCCAAUUACAUUUAUCUCAGAUUCAAUGCUCAUUUUUGCAACUGAGAAUCUGAUUUACAGGCUUAAAGGGGAAUCCUACCCAAAUAAGAACUUGUUUUUAGAGGAAAAGGAAAAAUCAGACAAGUUGAUUGAAGGUACUUUGAGCGAUAUCAGACAAAGAAUAAGAAAGCUAUGAAGUUUAAAAGUUGUAAAUAUUGGUUAUCACUUUACCCAUGGAGACUUCGAAUUUGCCAUAUACAUGUGAUGUCAUAGUGAUAGUGAUGUAAGGCAAGGAAGACUCUGCCAUGUACUCCAACAUAUAAAAUGGCUAAAAUUUCAUUUUUCUUUCAAAAGUUUUACUUCAAAUUAUAUUUUUCUUUCAUGAGGAUAUAAAACAAUAUACUACCUGGGUUGUAUUUAGAUUACUGCUCCAGGGAAAUAGGUACUUACGAGAAAACCACCAAUCCAUGAAAAUUACAUGUAAGUACAUGGCCUAUGGUAAAGAUGUCCUUGCCCCUUGUCAUAAUUUACUACCCAGUUGCCAAUUUGAAAUCUACAUAGUCUUAUAGGUAUCUCAAUUUUAAAGCAGCCAUAACUUUAUUGCUAAUCCUAUUUCUUUCAAACUUUCCCCAUCCUGAUUUACUUAUUUUUUAUCCUUUCCAACACAACAUUUUAUGACCAUGGGUGGAUUCCUCUUAACUGAGCAAGAAAUUUGCUGACAAACCGAAUCUCUAGACUCUACCAUUAUAGAUUUGUAUCAAUUGGAUAUCCACAGUCAAAUAACAACUUUAGACUGACUUGAAUAAAACCAGUGUUCAUAAUACUAGGGUUAGAGUUUAGAUGUGUAAAUAGUAAGCCUGUGUGAGUGUUUUGAA